AUGGCCCCACGCACGCAAACCGCCCUUCUUCUACCCGCCGAGCGGGGCGAGUUCCAGCUGGGAAGCAAGCCCGUCCCUUCACCCAAGGCCGGCGAGGUCCUCGUGCGGAACUCCGCCUCCGCGCUGAACCCCAUCGACUGGAAGGUGCAGACGACGGGUUUCUUGGGGCCGAAGGAGUACCCGGUCGUGCUCGGCUUUGAGGGUGCUGGUUUCGUCGAGGAGGUUGAUAAGGGGGUUGAGGGUUUGAGAAAGGGAGACCGUGUCGUGUCGUAUGGCGAGGGGCAGACGUUCCAACAGUACAGUAUCGCCAGGGCCGAUAUUGUCAUGAAGGUACCAGACUCGAUCACCUUCGAGCAGGCCGCGGCUGUCCCAUCCGCGUUCGUCACCCCUGCCAUCGGACUCUACCAAAAAUCCCCACACGGGCUCGGGUUUGCCGAGACAUGGACCACGUCAGGACGAGAGAAGUACACGGGCGAAGCUAUCCUGAUCAUGGGUGGCUCCACGCAGAACGGCCAGGCUGCGAUCCAGCUUGCCAGACUCUCCGGCUUCUCGCUCAUCCUUACCACUGCCUCGGCGAAGCACUCGAGCCACCUCCAAUCUCUCGGCGCGACGCACAUCCUUGACCGUUCACUCUCUGCCCCGCAGCUUCGUGUCGAAGUGGAGAAGGUGACGGGCGGCAAAGCGCUCAACGUUGCAUACGACGCGGUGGGAGACGCAGCGACGCAGCAGGCGGCAUUUGACGCGCUUGCUCCGGGAGGACAACUCGCAACCGUGUUGCCAUCCAACAUUGCCGAGGACAAGGCGAAAGCGGAGGAGAAGGAGGUGGUAUUUGUCAUCGGGAAUAUCGAUGGGGACUAUAACCAGGAGCUGGUCUCAGGGCUUAUGAAGGUGUUGAGUGGGUUGUUUGAGAGUGGCGAACUCAAGACUGGUACACCCGAGCUUAUAUCGGGAGGACUCGGUGCGAUACCCGCCGCGUUGAAGAGGCUGCAAGCAGGCGGAGCGAGUGGGGUCAAGUUCGUCGUGAAUCCUUGGGAGACGUAG